AUGUUCUUCUUGGGCUAUACUACUCUGAUUUUAUGUUGGAUGUAUUGUACUGCAGAAAGAGCUUGUGAAGAACCUCCUCCUAGGAGGGUUAAAGAAGUGCCUACUGAAAGAUGGGACAAACCUCCCUAUCCACAUGGUACCAAAGUAACAUACAGAUGUCGACCUGGAUAUAUAAAACUUGGAAGAAUUGUGUUUGAGUGUGCUGAUGGAGCAUGGAAGCAAAACCUCCCAGCAGCAGAAUGCAAAAAUAAGCCCUGUGGACAUCCUGGAGAUACUGAGUUUGGUUACUUUGAGCUUACCAGUGGAACUGAAUUUGUAUUUGGUGCCAGGGUUGAGUACAGAUGUAAUGAUGGAUACCAGAUGCUCAGCCAAAGAAAUUACCGUGAGUGUCAGGCAAAUGGAUGGAGCAAUGACAUCCCUCACUGUGAAGUGGCAAAGUGCUUACCUGUACAAGCACCAGAAAAUGGAAGAAUGGUUAUGAGUGGUGCAUUUGAGCUAGACCGAGAAUAUUCCUUUGGCGAGGUUGUAAAUUUUGAAUGUAAUGCAAAAUACAGACUUGUUGGAUCUAAAGAAUUAAUUUGCUCUUCUAAUGGGAAAUGGAAUAGUGAUGUGCCUGAGUGCCAAGAGAUUAUCUGUGAGGUGCCAAAAAUUCUGCAUGGAUAUGUACGUUCUCCAAAGAGGUCUUACAAGGAAUCUGAUCAACUGCUGUUUGCCUGUGAUGAAGGAUACAGAUAUGGUGAAAGAGCAGAUGCGAGAUGUACUGAAUCAGGAUGGAAUCCCACCCCCCAUUGCACUGAAAUUGUAUGCUAUCCUCCAAGAAUUCCCCAUGGGGGCUUUGGACCUCGAAAAGACAACUACGGAGUAGGUGAUAUAAUCACAAUAGAGUGUGAUCCUGGAUUUCAUUUUAAAGCAUUGACUGGAAGAAGCACAGCUCAAUGCACCAAGAACGGCUGGGUGCCUGAUCCAAGUUGUGUCCAGAAACCAUGUGAGUACCCAGCUAUAGAAAAUGGCAGGUUACAUGAUGCACACGAGUACCACAGACACUAUUACUUUCCAAUGGUGUUUGGGCAGCAUUCUGAUUACCGCUGCAAUCGUGGUUAUUCAAGCCCAAAUGGACAUGUCUGGGUUCGAAUAGUCUGUUCUGAAAGGGGCUGGUCUCCAGAGCCUAAGUGCCUCAAACAAUGUCAGGUUGGACAUUUGGAAAAUGGUUAUUUCUUAAAUGUCCAGAAGGAUGUUUACCAGGAAGGUGAAAGAGUUAAGUAUACCUGCGAAGAUGACUAUUAUACUGAACAUGAAGAUGGGGACGUCACAUGCACAAAGGAUGACUGGUCACCUCCUCCGAGAUGUAUCCGUAAAAAAGGAUGCCAGAGUGUGCAUUUUGACAAUGGUCAUUUUACUGGCGGAAGGAGUACAUUUCGCUUACAAGAGGUGGUCAGCUAUCAUUGUUCUGUUGGCUUUGUAACUCCAGAAGGAAAACAAACAGGAGUGACACAGUGUCAAGAGAAUGGCUGGGCUCCACCUCCAGAGUGCAUCAAAUCAUGUAAAACACCUUCCGACGUUUUCAGUUGGCACACAAAUAAAACUGUGUUUGUGCCUGAAGAUACAGUCGAGUACGAGUGUGCGGAAGGAUAUAAAACUGCAAAUAAUAUGCCAAUCGGUACCACGACGUGUGGCGUCAAUGGUGAAUGGAGCCCAACACCCCAGUGUCUUGCAAUAGAAUGUGAAAUGCUGACAUUGCCCAAUGGAGAGUUUUCUCCCAAGAAGGGUAAAUACAGGAAUGGACAUGUUGUGAAAUUUACCUGUGCAAAGAAUUAUGUGAGAGUGGGACCUGCUUCUAUUCAGUGCUAUUAUUUUGGAUGGUCUCCAUCACCACCAGUGUGUAAAGUGAAUGCCACAGGCUGUGGGCCUCCACCUGAGAUUACCAAUGGACAUAUUGUUGGUGGCUCCGUGGAACACUAUCAGCAUGGGAAAAUAAAGCAAUAUAUGUGCAACAUCGAAUUUAAAUUGGUUGGAUCAAAGGAAAUUGAAUGUGUUGAUGGACAAUGGACAUCUGCUCCCUCUUGCAUUGAAGACAAAAUGCCAUGUGGAUCCCCUUCCUCUAUUCCAAAUGUUGUUCUUCAUCAGGAAGACCGCACCCAGUUUUCUCAUGGUGAUGAAGUAAUUUGUGGAUGCACACAAGGCUCUGGCAAUUAUGAGAAAAAGAAAAUAAGAUGUUUCAAUGGGGAAUGGAAGCCAUUACCUCUUUGUGCUGAUCCAUCUCCUCAGUGUGUACUUCCAAUGGAUGUUGAGCUUGUGAAUAGGGGUCGUCCUUCCAGGCCAAGAAGUACAGCUGGGUUGCAUGGAGUUAUCCAGUAUAGAUGUAAAUCAGCUGACAGGACUGUUAAACAGGCAGCUUGUGUGUCUGGAAAAUGGUCACCAGAGAUUGAAUGUACAACUGAGCAGAGCAGAUGCCCACCUCCACCUCAGUUGCCUGGUACUCAACAGAUACCAGCUGGAAGAAAUUACAAGCAUGGAAGUAAAAUAGCUAUUUCAUGUCAGAAGGAUUUCCAGCUCAUUGGUGUGAAUGAAAUAACAUGUAUAGAUGGGAAAUGGCAAUCACCACCUCAAUGUGUAGAAAGACCAUGUUUGCCACCACAACCUGUAGAAUGUGCUGAUGUUCCCAGGCUGGAAAAUCGAAACUUUAAAAUUAAAAAAGAAGGAAAAACAAUUUAUUUGUCUGGUGCUAGACUUAAGUAUGUUUCUCAUUCUGGAUACACAUUAGAUGGACCAUCAGAAAUAACUUGUUCUAUGGGAAAAUGGACUUCAUCUCCUACAUGCUUGGAAAUGCCUUGUGGAGAAAUUCCAAAUGUUGCCAAUGCUCAAAUUGAAGGCAGAAACAAGAAAAUGUAUGAGCCUGGUGAAACAAUUCGCUACCAGUGUGAUAAAGGGUUCCUGAUCGUUGGACCCCCUGAAAUUAUUUGCAGGGAAGGAAACUGGACAGCACCACCUUUCUGUGAAGAUGCUACCUGUGGAAUUGCACCUCAAAUCCCUAAUGCUUAUAUUACAAGCGUUCAACAGGAGAGGUAUCUACCUGGUGCCAGAGUGCAGUAUGAAUGUGAAAGCAAUUAUCAAAUGAUAGGUGGACAUUAUGUCACUUGUACAAAUGGAGAAUGGUCACAAGCACCAACCUGCAGAGAUGUGACAUGUGAACCUCCUCCAGAAAUUGCUGGUGGUAAGGUUCAAGGUUUUAAAAAGUCAAGGUAUUUGCCUGGAGAGAGUGCUCGCUAUCAGUGCUGGCAAGGUUUUCAGGUGACAGGGGAUUCCACUGUAGUGUGUCAGAAUGGGACCUGGACAGAGCUGCCAAAGUGCAAAGGGAAAAGUGGGAAAUGUGGCCCAGCACCAGUUAUUGAAAAUGGAGACAUUCUUUCCUUCCCUGAGCAAGAGUAUCCACAAGGUACAACUCUGCAAUACAAAUGCCCAAGUCUCUACAUCCUGGAAGGAUCUCAGUAUAUCACCUGUACUAAUGGGCAGUGGACAGACCCUCCAGUUUGCCUAGUCGCCUGCACAGCAACUGAAGAAGACAUGGGCAGAAACAAUAUUGAGCUGAAAUGGCGCAGAACAACAAAGCUGUAUUCCACAUCGGGUGACGUUAUUGAAUUUCAGUGCAAAAGAGGGUAUUUGGAGGACCCUGCCUCUCCCCCGUUCAGAGCACGUUGUAUGGAAGGAACGAUAGAAUAUCCACUAUGCAAGCCAGGCAAAAUCUGUACAGUGAAUGAGACUUCUAUGGAAACAAAUCAUAUUCAACUACGGUCAUCAGGCUGGUCAAACAUUUACACCUAUCAGACUGGAGAUUAUAUUUUAUUUGAAUGCAAAUGGUUUCACAGACAAGUUUCAGAAACUGAGAAAUUUACAGCAAAGUGCUGCGAUGGAGUGAUUGAGUAUCCAACAUGUAAAUAUUUUGACAGUGAUGAGUUCUCAAACUAA